UAUUAGUAGAUAUAAAAAGUAGCAUAGACCUAGGUAGGCAGGUAUGAGUUAGGUAACAUUGGAGGCCAUAUAAGCUGAGCCUUGAGAGCGCGUAGAGAGGCAUCUUAAGGAGAGAUAUCCCGAAAAGCCCUAAUCACAAUAAUGCCUCGAUAACCAGCCCCGAGACUUCUCCCUAGCAAUGGCCUUCGCGUUAUCGAAGUCAGUCUUGCCACGCCUCCUGCCGGCUUACAAGUGCGCACGAAGCAUACCAACAAGGCCAUGCACUCGUCCGUUGCACAGGAGCCUGCUCUCGCGCAGUGAGUCUGCGCCAUACUUCUCCCGGACUCUGGCUUCGCUUGCCAGGGGCCGGACGGAGACAUUUCAGAUCCGCCCGUCGGGACCCCAGGCAGAGCAGGAGGAGGCCUUCCGCCUGUCGCCCCUGGACCUCAUCGUCACCCAGAACUACAGCACCUGGGCGCUCAUCUUCAAGCUCGAGAGCGCCGACACGGCGGCCAUCGCCGAAACCUUCAAGCGCGCGCUGGCCGCCACCCUGGGCCAGUGCCGACACUUCGUCGGCACGGUGGAGAAAGGCGAGGGCGGGAGCUUCUCGAUCGUCAAGAAGCCGGACAGCACCGCGCGGUUCGACGUGAAGUGGCUCGACGGGCCGGGCGACGACUUCCCCUCGUUCGCCGAGCUCGAGAGGGCCAAGUUCUCGAGCCAGAGCCUCGGCGACCCGGGCCUCCUGACGAUCGAGGGCAUGUCGAUGGCCUCGAAGCGCCCGCCGGGCACGAGCCCGGAGGUGUCCGGCUUCCAGCUGACCUUCAUCCCGGGGGGCAUGAUCUUCAACGUCCACAAGCACCACGCGGUGUGCGACGUGACGGGGACGACCAGCCUCGUGCACCAGAUCGCCGACCACUGCUACUCGAUCCGGCACGGCACGCCGCCGCCGGCGUGGGACGAGGCCUUCAUGGACCGGUCGCGCUUCAUCCCGCCCCCCGUCGACCCGAAAGACCAGGUGCAGCCGCCGCCGCCGCCGCCGAGGCACCCGGACUGGCUCCCUUGCUCCUGGCUGCUGUUCCACCUCCCGCAGAGCCGCGUCGCCGAGCUGAAGCAGCUCGCCGCCCCCGGCGACGGGACCCAGAUCUCCACCUACGAUGCCUUGACGGCGUUCCUGUGGCGCGUCAUGAUGCGGAAUCGCGCGCAGAUCUACCUGCCCGAUCUCUCCCUGCCAGCUGUGUUCUUGGAAUCGGUGAAUAUGCGCGGCCGACUGACGCCUAAGGUAUCGGAGCGGUACCAGGGCAACCUGCUCUGCGGGGGGCUCUCGCAGCUGCAGGAGAAGCAGCUGACGCUGGGGGAGGUGAUCUCGGAAGUGCCGCUGCCGCGGCUGGCGGCGUACAUCCGGCAGAUCACGGCGGGAGUGGACGCGCGGACGCUGGAGGGCUUUCUGGCGGCGAUGACGCCGGUUGCGGACGUGUCGGCGAUGCACUCGCGGCUGGACAUCUUCCCGCCCAUGUCGCUGGCCGUGACGGACUGGCGCCGCGCCACCAUGUGCGCCCGCGACUUCGGCUUCGGCCGCCCCGCCGCCGCCAAGCAGAUCGCCGACGUCGUCUACGAGAACAUGAUGAUGAUCUACCCCCAGCGACCGGCCCCCGAGGACAGCGCCGCCGCCGCCGACCAGGGCCUCGAGGUCGUCAUCCCCUUCGAGACCCACGCCGUCGACCUCCUCAUCCAGGACCCCGAUAUGCAGAAGUACUUCGAGUUUGUGGGAUACGAGGCCGGCGCCCCCUAACGGCCUAUCCACGUGUUGUGUCUGUGUCACUGCUACUGUACUUUAUGCGCCUGUUGCUAGCGUUCGCUUGUUUUCGGUAGGAUAACAAGAUGUCCUCAGAUACUCAACGCCGACGAUAUCUUGCAGCAAAAACAGAGAAACAAGUUCAAAUAAAUGCGGGAGGUUAGGCGAAGGGUGGAACUGUCAUUACUAGGUUCAGAUCAGGCUAGAUUUGCUUCGGUUGGAGUUAAUAUUGUAACCAUUACACCCCGGGGUAGCCUCAAUGUCAACUUUGACGGGAUUCCCGAAAGUAUUCUUGUCAGCCCAUCCCGCGGUUAUACGUAACGAAUUAAAGGUUGCUACCGAAGCGGUUUCUAUUAAAAAUCUAGCAGUGAC